UUGGAAGUACACAGUGUAAGAUUCAGGAAAUACUGUAUAUAACAGUAUAUUGUAAGAUUCAGGAAAUACUGUAUAUAACAGUAUAUUGUAAGAUUCAGGAAAAACUGUAUAUAACAGUAUAUUGUAAGGAUAUUACUGAGCAUCAUGAGUGGGUCAACAGCUAAGAUGGAUGCAUAUGAGUAUGAGACAGUAAAGUGCUUCAAGAAACUAGGAUGUACUGUGGAAUGCAUUACAGCAUAUGAUGAUACAUUACUUGUAGCAGUAAAGGGGGAUCAACUGUUACGUUACAAGGUCGUCUAUAUAUAUGACAUAAACAAGAACAAACAGAAAGUAAGAGUUAAAGACCCUGAUGUCUACAAAGUAUUUGGAAAGCCAGUGUCCAAGAUGCAUCCAGUUCCUGAAUUUUCUUUGUUACUGGCUGUGUAUGACAAUAUGCUGAAUGUUCAUGACCUAGAGACAUUUAAAUCUAAGAAUAUGCCUCUUCUGAACACAAGGGGCAUGAAUGUAAUGGCAGUAACAGUACAGAAUGAAAAAGAUUCAAGUGGUAUAUAUGGUACAAAUCUGAAAGUAUGUGUGGCAGUGGGCAAGAAACUUUUGAUUCUUGAGUGGACUGGAGACUCUUUCAUAGAACUAAAGUAUGAUUUAAUGAUGGACAAGUAUGUUAAAGAUAUGGUGUGGUGCAAAAAAUGUCUCUACAUUGGUUACAAAGAUGAAUAUUUACUACUUGAGCCAGAGACUGGGAAAUAUAAGGAAGUGUUUAACUUUGGUAACAGUCUGAAAGAGCCUUUAAUGACGAAGAUUGAUGAUGACUAUAUUCUCCUUGGUUAUGACAAUACUUCUGUGUUCCUCAACUCUAGAGCUAAGCCAAAAAAUGAAACUAUAACAUGGACUGGAAUACCUCAUCAUAUGGCAUUUGAUCCCCCAUAUGUACUGGCAGUGUUACCAAAGUACAUGGAAGUUAGAACAUUUGAUCCCAGCAUUUCUAUACAGCAGAUUGAGAUGAAACAUGUUAAUGCUGUAUGUAAGGCAAGGAAUGUGAUAUUUCUUCUAUGUAGAGAUGAUGUAUUCAUGUUGACACUGAGACCUAUUGAUGAACGUGUUAAUUGUCUUUUGAAAAACAAACAUUUUCAAGUUGCCAAACAAUUAAAGUUGCAAGACAAUAAUAUUACGAUGGAAGAGAAGGAAUUGGCUAUUAACAGUAUUCAGGCCAGGUAUGCCGUACAUCUGUUCAAUACAAACAAGUUUAAAGAAGCAUUAGAAAUUUUUACACAGUUGGAAAUAGAUCCUUCCCACAUCAUUGGCAUGUUCCCAGAUCUUCUACCCAGCAAACUCAGUAAUAGUCUAGUGUAUCCUGAGAAAGUACAAUCAAUACAUGAGAAAGCACUGGAUAAAGCAUUGUUUGAACUUGUCGAAUAUUUGCAGACGAAACGAGAGCAGAUAGUGAAGGCCGAACAUUUCAGACCAUUUGUUCCUAUAAUGAAACACAAGAAAAAUGUCACUUUAAAAAGUGUAGAUGAAGCACUAUCUGUCAUUGAUACCACUUUGCUUAAAUGUUACCUUCAGGUUAAUGAAGCUAUGAUAGCUCAGUUAUUACGUAUGCCAGGUAACAAGGUUCAGUUUGAGGUGGCAGAGAAACGUUUAAAAGCUGCUGAAAAUUUUGCAGAAUUGAUUAUUCUGUAUGAGCAACAAGAUCUGCAAGAAAAAGCUCUUCAAGUGAUGAAAUCUCAAUCAUCUAACAGUAAAUCAUCACUGUAUGGAUUACAACCUACAAUACAUCAACUACAACAACUAGGGAAAGACCACCUCGGGCUUAUAUUUGAGUAUGCAAAAUGGGUGAUGGAAACUGACCCAUAUGAAGGAAUUAAGAUAUUUACUGAGGAUACAACAUCAGUACAAGAACUUCCGAGAGGUCACGUGUCAAGUUUCAUCAAAACAUAUGGAUCAGAAGUUCUUAUUUUGUACUUGGAACAUAUUAUAUACAUGUGGAAUGAUACAACUGAGGAACUACAUUAUACUUUAGCAAAUGAACUUAGAAACAUGGUGUCCGAACAAUUUAAAACAUCAGCAUUAGUUCAUAUAAAAGAUACACAACAUGUACCAGCAGGACAAGAGGAAGGAGAGUUAGGCCUGUAUAGAGGAAAAUUCCUCAAGUUCCUUAAAACAUCCAAUGUUUACAAUCCAGAGGAUAUCUUAAGAAGGCUUCCUUUUGACAGUUUCUUUGAAGAGCGAGCCAUUUUGCUUGGUAAAAUGGGAAGACAUGAGCAAGCACUCGGUAUAUUUGUGUAUGUCCUAGAAAAUCUCAAUGAUGCUGAGGAGUAUUGUGUAGACUAUUACAACAGAGGAAACGCUGAGGUGUAUUUGAGUCUACUACAAGUAUACCUUCACCCACCAGAACCUUUAUCACUUGGACUGAAGGAGUUUACUAACCCACCUAAACCCAGAGUCCGUACAGCGCUCAGUAUGCUUGAGACACAAGCAACAAAAAUCGACCUGUUUAAGGCACUGCAGGCAUUGCCAGAAGAGAUGUUUAUAAAGCAGACAAGAGUAGUGCUAGAAUCAGCUAUAGACAAGUGUAUGUCCCGCAGGUACCUGAGUCAGGUACAGAGACAACUAGCAUAUCAGGAAUAUCUACAGACAACAGUCGAGUGUAUGGAGGGAACAAGGCAGUAUAUUAAGGUGGAUGAAUGUAUCAGCUGUAAAAUAUGUAAACGUAAAAUAGGUGAUAAAAGUGUUUUUGUUUGCAACUCCAAAAGAGAACUAAUGCAUUAUGGGUGUAAUAAACAGUAGUUCAGAUACAGCUUUUGAUGGGUGAAACUUUUGAGGAGAGUGAAAUCUGCACUGCUACCUGAAGCUACCUGAUAGAAUGUUUUGAAGAAGUUCAAGGAAGAUUAAACAAAUGCAUUUUUAAUUUUGUAUUCAGUUGACUUGAAGUAAAAGAAGCAUUAAUUUCUUUUAAAGUAACAGACAGAUAAAAAACACUGUAAAUUUCUUUUUUUCAAUAAAUUUAUUAACCUAUAAGUCAAGUUUUAUUGUAGU